AUGGAUAACUUCGAGGCUUAUCCAGAGUCGCCUACACGCGAUGCAACCCAGCCGAAGGAAUCGGUAGCCAACAGCGAUGAACCCCCACCAAAGAAGCCUGGAUCCAAAGCACAAGGCAGGAAACGGACUAAAACGGGAUGCUUAACAUGCCGGAAACGUCGAAUAAAGUGUGGGGAAGAAAAGCCAGUAUGCCAGAAUUGCACAAAAUCAAAGCGCCAAUGUGAAGGUUACAACCAGAGAGUGAUAUUCAAAGACCCUCUGAAUGCAUACCGGCCUUCACUGUCAGCUCAAUCACACAUGUCCUUCUCCGGAAAUAUUUCAAAUCCGCCUAAUGUUCGUCGUGGAGAGUCAUUCUCUCAGACAGGCCCGGGUCAGAAGACGACGCCCAUUGCCCCUAAACCACCCGGUACCUUCCGGCCUCACUCGAACACUUUCGAUUCCAGCUCCAUGUCUUUACCUGCUGUAACAUCUCCAGGUAUCGAUCGGAGAGUAUAUAACUUUUCCGAGGCUACAGCUUCCCGACCGAAUACAACCAUGGCACCUCCUCCACCGGUCUCUGCACAAGGUCGGCAACCCAGACCUCAAGUAGACACUAAAAUCCAUCCACAGAGACAGGGGUCCAGAAAGAAAUCCGUUUCCGUCGAACAAACCUCUCACUAUGACUUUGAUUCCCUGAGCCAAGGAAGUGGGAAACAGCCUCCAAUCAGUCCAGCGCUGAUCAGCCCAGCUGGUUGGUCCGAUGGGUCUCGUCGUGGGUCUAAGUCAUCAGCUCCAAGUAGCGACCAUGAUUUCCCAAGAAAGUUGUCAGCGCCUGCCGACUUCUAUCAUUAUACGGCCAAUUCCACUUGGGAUCCUUCUAGUGCGAGCACGACCUCAAGUAACCCCUUCACAUCGGCGGCAUCUAGUACUUCCACCCUACAGUCAGCCCUGGAAGGUGUAGGACCGGCUGGGGGAACUGAACACAGCGUCAAGGGCCAUGAGAAUAACCCAGUGUAUCGGCAAGGGUUGAUGCCUCUUGCGACGCAUCCUCCUCAAAGCGAAUGGAAUAUCAGUCAGCCGUGGCCUCUCGACCAACAUCAAAUCGAUGCCAUGGAAGACGAUGAUGACCCAUUUGACGUUUCAGACGAAGACGUUGAGAUGGGCGAGCACAACGAGUCUGGUGUGUGGCGAGAUGUCUCACAGGAUGACCAUCUCAAAAACAACGACCUAGGAAUUGUCGUCGCUCUUCAAGCCAAUCAAGAUAAUCAUGGCUUAAGCCUCCGAUCUUUCACGUCAUUUAUUGACCGUCCAGACAUGCUCGCCACCUAUACACCAUCUUCCCAGUCAACACCUCUGCGGGAUCCAAUGACGGCCAGGAUCUUUUGCCAUUUUGUAAAUGUCACUGCUCCAUGUAUUUCCAUGUUUGAGAGACACCCCGCAAACCCGUCUCUCAUUUUCCAAGGCGAACCGGUCCCAAAAACACAACAGCACAUGUGGACCUACACCUUCCCCACCCUUGCACUUCAGAAUCCAGCCCUGUUGCACGCAAUGCUUGCAAUCGCGAGUUUGCACAUUUCAAAACUCCAAAAUGGCCCCAUCACAGCUUCGUAUAAGCAUUAUGCACUCAGUCUUCGCCGAGUCGCGAAAAGUGUCAGCCUUCCAUCCCGUCGAGGACAUCCUGCUACUUUAGCUGCGGCGCUCUUACUUGCGUUUUAUGAAUGCUGGUCCGCGGAUCAUCAGAAAUGGAGCAAUCACUUGUUGGGCGCCAGACAAUUGGUACGUGAGAUUGGCUUUGCGCAGAUGACCAGAUACAUCAAGAAAAAGACGGCUGAGGAUCGACGGCAACACGAUCAAGUUGCCCACUACUUCGAAGAACCUCGCUUCCAGCCGCACAUUGAUGAAGUAGAUGAGAAUAUUGUUGGGCGAUUGAUGGGAAAUCAGGUUCGGUACGACCGGUACGGACACAUCAUGGAUGGCGAUACUACCGAGAUCGACGAGGAUAAAGAGUACACUGAAAGAGACCUGGAAAUAUAUGAGACACAACGUGACUUGUUCUGGUGGUACUGUAAGCAGGAUACAUAUCAGAGUAUCCUAGGGGGCGGGCGGCUAUUUAUGGAUUAUUCGUUGUGGAGCCAUUGCCCUCCAAGAGCGCCUCUUGGUCGCCUGAGCGCAAUAUACGGGACAUUUGACCACUUGAUCCUACUAAUGGGUAGGCUUGCCAAUUUUGCAGCAAAAGACCUCAAGAGAAAACGACAUGCUAUAAAAAUGAAUGGAGGUCGGUGGCAACCGCCUGAGUCGAUGCGCACACCACCACAAGCGAACCAGUCUCUACCAACACAAGGUUCUCCCCAAACACCAAAGGCACCUCCAAUACCAGGUUUCAGCGGCAUGGUUCCUGAUGUAAAGGAAGCAACGCUCCCCAUGGGUUUCGAGUCAUCGAGAGACAGCUCUCCUCAGAGCAGUAGCACGCAGAGUGAAGAUCUCGAUCUCCAAGCACAAACACGGGAAGCAGAAGAAGAUUGGCAAGAUAUUCGUAAUGGUUUCGCGAUCAUCGAGGAUCAUCUUGGGGAGGAAUUCCAAGCCUUGGGACCUGAGUUUUCAGCACCAAUACAGACCCCAUUCGGACCCGCGCUUCAGUACCGUACAUUUGGAAUCGCUGGUGUAUGGAUGAAUUACUACAUGGGGUUGAUUGCCUGUUACCGCGCUCAUCCAUCGAUGCCUCCAGCAGCAAUGAUGGCAGCCGGGAUAUCGGCCCGCCAGACAGCGUUCUUCGCAAAUGAACUCGGACGCAUCGCUGCUGGAAUUGCUCCCGACUGCAGCAUGACUGCGCAAGUAAGCCCUAGUAUUGGAGCAGCGCUGAUAGAAUCUUGUCAGCCUCUGUUUGUUUCCGGUGUACAAUAUCAAAACGCAGAGCAGCGGUCCUGGACAGUCUGUAGACUUCGAGAUAUUGCACGUCUGACAGGCUGGCAAUCAGCACUGGCCAUUGUAUCAGGAUGUGAGACCACUUGGGUAAAGACGGGUGAGCUGGGCAAAGGCCCACCUUACGUGAGGACCAAAGAAGAACGGAUCGUGCCUGACAUUUGGUCUAGCUCGCGGCGAAUUGACAGAGCUUUCAACGGGAAGACGAGUGAGGAAAGACGUCUCGUGAUCGAGAGGUCAGACCGAGUGCACUAUGCAAUGGGUGUGCUGAGUCUGGAGGAAGACUUUGAGAAGUUGGAUCUGGACACGAAUCGUAGGUCAUAA